AUGAAUCAUCGUUUUUCUGCAACUUCUGAUCCCGAGCGCAUCUUUUACGGCAUUUUGAAAGGUCCCCGAUCUGUUACCACAGGCGAGCCGGUAUCCAGAGAAUGUCGUAGCCAUCGUAGUCGCUUGGGCCCUGUGUGUAACACUAGUGAAGAGGCCUUCCAACCUGCCACUGCAGGUAUGUUUUUAUGCUCUAAUGAUCAGGCAUCUUCGCCCUUUGAUUGUUGUCCACUUUCCAGCUCAACUCUGCGGUUGUACUACCAGAAUGUUAGAGGUUUACGCACCAAAAUUGAGGAACUGUUUUUGGCAGUUUCGGAUUCCGAAUAUGAUGUCAUCGUGCUCACUGAAACGUGGUUGAACGACGAGAUUACUUCGGUCCAGCUGUUUGGUCAUCAAUACAACGUUUAUCGUCGCGAUCGUGAUCCUGUCAGCACUGGUCUAAGAAGAGGUGGUGGUGUUCUUGUUGCUGUGUCCAACCGUCUUACGUCUUCCCCUCUCACUGAUCUCACUGGGAUUGACCAAAGCAUUGAACAUCUGUGGGUGACUAUCGAGACGGGCGAGCAGAAAAUGUACAUAGGCGUUGUUUAUAUCAGUCCAAAUGAUGCUGUCAAUCCGUCGAUUUUUGAUGCUCAUCUCAACUCAGCGGCCGCUGUAGCUGAUUGUUUACGUCCCAACGAUCGACACAUCUUGCUUGGUGAUUAUAAUCAGCCGCUUCUGAACUGGUUAAAUACCUCUGCAAAUUUUGCAUACCCUGACCCGGCAACAUCGGCAUUCAGCACCUGUUCUUCGGCUCUCCUAGAUGCGAUGGAACUUCUGGGCAAUCGACAGAUGAAUCUAGUCACCAACUCUCGUGGUCGCACACUCGACUUAGUUUUCGUGAACGAGCUGGAUGGAGAUAGUUGCAUUGUUUCAACCCCAAUGGAACCGCUAAUUGAAGUGGAUCAUCAUCACCCACCCCUACUCGUCACCUUGACCUACCCUGGUUUCACUCCGUUUGAAAGCACAACUGAUACAUGCUCACUAAAUUUUCACAAAGCUGAUUUCACGCAAAUAUCCGAAAUAUUGCUGCACACAAACUGGUCGUAUAUUGAAAAUGCUACUGAUGUUGAUCUUGCUGUGGACUUCUUUACCACUACAUUGCACGAGUCGUUUGGAGAACACGUACCGAUGAAGCGACCUGUUCGUAAACCACCCUGGUCUGAUUCCCAUUUGCGUAUGCUGAAACGCAUAAGAGCAGCCGCAAUAAGACGCUUGUCACGUGCUUUUAUGGUUGAUAAACGCCGAUUCAAUAUUGCAAGCAGCAACUACAAGCGCUACAAUCGUUUCCGGUAUGCUCAGCACGUCGAGCGCAUGCAAAAUACGUUAAAGCACAACCCGAAACGUUUUUGGUCCUUCGUCAAUGAGAAGCGAAAAGAAACUGGGUUUCCAUCGGAGAUGUAUCUGGGCGAGCAUAAAUCGUCCAACUUAGAGCAGACUUGUAACCUUUUUGCUGAACAUUUUGCCAGCGUAUUCAGUACAUCGCACGCCUCGUCACCUGCCAUCGUUGAAGCCCUUCAGAACGUUCCCAGCACUGCCGGUAAAAAUGUUAUCGUGUUUGGAGUGAACGAGCCCGCGCUGCUACUGGCCGUUGACCGAUUGCGCUGUUACAGGUGGCGCGUCAAUUGUGGAAUAUAG